UGGCUGACGUUGACAGUGUGGAAGACGCUUCCUGAUGCUGGCCCGGGUCUUGCUAGGCUAACUAACAAAUUUGAUUUUCACGGUUUGCUGAAACCUGUGAAAUACAGCGUGGUCAAGUCGUCUGAUUCAGUGGUGGGAGCAGAACAGGUCGGACGGCACCAUGAACGGCCAGCUGGACCUGAGCGGGAAGCUGAUUAUCAAAGCCCAGUUGGGUGACGACAUCAGACGUAUACCUAUCCACAAUGAAGACAUCACUUACGAUGAGCUGGUGCUGAUGAUGCAGCGUGUCUUCAGGGGCAAGCUGCAGAGUAACGAUGAGGUUACCAUCAAAUACAAGGAUGAAGAUGACGACCUCAUCACUAUCUUCGACAGCUCUGACCUCUCCUUCGCCAUUCAGUGCAGUAGAAUACUCAAACUGACUUUGUUUGUGAAUGGUCAGCCGCGGCCUUUGGAGUCCAGUCAGGUGAAGUACCUGCGCAGGGAGCUCAUUGAGCUCAGGAAUAAAGUCAACAACCUCCUGGAUAGCCUGGAGCCCCCCACAGAGCCUGGCCUGGCUGCUACAGCACUGGACAGUGAAUCAGUGGAUGGACGCGAAGGCAAGGUUGUGGCAGCAGAUCCCACAGUGAAACAGGCCACUCCAGUCAGUGCAGCCAGCAUGUCAGCCUUCGACCCACUGAAAAACCAGGACGAGGUCAACAAGAAUGUCAUCUCUGCUUUUGGCCUGAGCGAGGACCACGUCCAAGGUAUUGCACGCCAUCUAAAAGCAGAAAUUAAAGCCCCCCCAGCAGUUGCACCAGAGGAGCGCUCAGGAACCCCUGACAGCAUUGCCUCCUCCUCAUCUGCGGCCCCUCAGCCAGGAGUGCCCCCCCAACCGCAGGCUCCCUAUUCUGGAGUACAGCAGGCACACCCAGCAGGCAUGGAUGGUCAGGUGUACCAGCAGUACCAGGCUCCAGGUGGAUACCCGCCUCAGCAGCCAGGUGCCCCACCGCAGCAGCAGUACAGUAUGCAGUACCCUGCAGGAUACAGCCCUCAGCCUGGAGCCCCUCAGCCUGGCCCACCACAACCACAGCAGCAGCAGUUCCAGAACUACGCACCUCCCUCCUCCCAGGCUCCUGCCCCUGGCCCAACCCCAGCUCCGGGUUUCCAAGGUGGCCAGCAGCAGGCCCAUCCACCUCAGGGAGCCCAGCAAUAUCCACCAGGAGCCUUCCCGCCCCAAAACUAUACCUCCCAGGCCUCCCAGCCCGCUAAUUACAGCCUGCCGCCCAGCUCCCAGCCCGGCCCAGCAUACCAGCCCCGCCCGGGAUACACCCCGCCUCCAGGCAGCACUGUCACCCCUCCACCGGGAGCUGCUAACCCAUAUGCCCGCAACCGCCCCCCUUACGGCCAGGGCUACACUCAGCCAGGCCCUGGAUACCGGUAAAAGAGGAGGACAGCUGAUGUUACUGAUCCUCAUACACCCCCAAACCCCUACCCUCUGUGUGGCUCCAGCUAUUUGGAGUGGGUGCAGGAAACAUUGUUUUACUGCUCUAUAUCACCCACCCCUCUCCCUCUCGUACAAAUAUUA